CUCAAGAGGACUACAGUCAGACAGAACAGAGUCCAAGAGCCACCACAAUGCCUGUACCUGCCUCCCCUCCCCAUCCACCUUUGCCAUCCUUGUUGCUGCCUAUGCUGCUAGGGCUCAUGGUUUUCAGAUGACUUCCUGUUCUGCCCCAGAGAUGAGUCCUUGAUCCCACAGUCUCUGCUUUGUCCUCAAGCCACACCAUGCUACGAGCAACAAUGCAGCAGGAACUUCAGGUGAUGAGAUCCAGGUAAACCAGCCCCAGAGUUCUGUGUCGGCGAAUGCUGGCGGUGUGAUAACCCUGGCCUGCAACAUGUCUGCUCUCACCCCAGAAGGACCUGUCUUAUGGUUCAAAGAUACAGGAACCCAACGACAUUUAAUCUAUAAAUUUGAUGGGAGUCACUUCCCCCGAAUAACCCCAGUGGAAGACACAGAUGCCAACCAAACAGAUUAUUCUAUCCGCAUCAGUGAUGUGUCACUUGAAGAUGUUGGCACCUAUUAUUGUGUAAAGUUAAUAAUAGGACAUCCUGACAUGGAGUAUAUAUCAGGCCCAGGAACAUAUGUUUCUGUGAAUGGAACCACAGAUGACACAUUCCGGGUGCAACAAGCUGAGAUGUUAAAGACAGUAUCAACGGGGGAGGCAGUCACCUUAAGUUGUCAUGUACCAGAUUCACUCCCCAAAGGACCUGUCUUAUGGUUCAAAGGAACUGGGGCAAACCGGGAAUUAAUCUACAGUUUCAAAGGAGGUAUCUUUCCCAGAGUAGACAAAAUUGGAAACAGUGCUGAAGAUGACAAUACAGACUUUUCCAUCCGCAUCAGUGAAAUCUCUCUUACAGAUGCUGGCACCUACUACUGUGUCAAGUUCAAGGAGGGGAAACCUGACAUAGAGUACCAGUCAGGUCAGGGUACCCAGGUGUUAGUGACUGAAGCAUCAAAUGAAGAACAUCUAGUGAACCAGAUUGAGAGUGUUGUGUCAGUCAAUAUUGGAGAUACUCUACCACUCAGCUGCAACGUAUCUGCUCUGUCCCCGGCAGGGACUGUAGUGUGGUUCAAGGAGCUUGGACCAAAGAAACAGCUAAUUUACAGUUUCAAUGGAAGUCGACAUUACUUUCCCAGAGUAACUCAAAUGCAAAAAAAAAACAAGGCCAGCCAAACAAACUAUUCCAUCCUCAUCAGUGAUGUGAUGCCAGAGGAUGCUGGUACCUACUACUGUGUCAAGUUAAGAAAAGGGUAUCCUGACAAUUUCAUGUCUGGUACAGGCACCUAUGUGUAUGUAAAUGGAACUGCAAAUAAGAUGUUCCAGGUUCAGCAAGCUGAAAUAUCACAGACCGUAUCAACCGGGGAGACAAUCACUUUGAGCUGCAGUGUACCAAAUUCAUUCCCAAAAGGACCUGUCAUGUGGUUCAAAGGAAUGGGGGCAAAUCGAGAAUUAAUCUACAGUUUCAAAGGAGGUCUUUUCCCCAGAGUAAACAAAAUUGGAAACAGCACUGAAGAUGACAACACAGACUUUUCUAUCCGCAUCAGUAAAAUUUCUCUUGAAGAUUCUGGCACCUACUAUUGUGUGAAGUUCAAGGAGGGACAUCCUGAAAGAGAAUACCAAUCAGGUCCAGGCACACAUGUGUCUGUCAUUGCUCCACCUUCUCUGCCUGUGGUAAUAGGCCCCUUGGAGAGGGCCCUAAUUGGGCAGACUGUGAAUUUCACCUGCAUUUCCUAUGGCUUCUUUCCCAAAAACAUUACACUGAAGUGGUUCAAAAAUGGGAAAGAACUCUCAUCCCUUCAGACACAAGUGGUCCAACUAAAUAACAGCCAUGCCUACAAAAUUUCCAGUACUGCAGAGAUAGUCCUAAAUCUGCAGGAUUUCUAUUCUUAUAUCAGCUGUGAUGUGAACCAUCUAGGCCUGCAUUAUCCUCUUCAAGAGAAUGUCGAGUUGUCUAAGACCGUGAUAGUUCCACCCACCAUGUCUAUUUUUGAACACCCCAUGACAAACAACAAGAUAAAUGUCACCUGCAAGGCAGAGAAGUUCUACCCUCAGGCUGUACAGAUGACCUGGCUGAAGAAUGGAAAUGUCUCUCAGACAGAUAAGACCCUGAUGCCCACCAAGAUGAAAGAUGGACUAUACACUGUGCAGAGUUCAAUCCUAGUCAACAGAACUGGACACAAAGAGGACACUAUGCUCACCUGCCAGGUAGAACAAGAUGAGUACACUACACAAAAGAUAUUGUUUGUUUCUUCCCUUCUGGAUGAGUCUAAGUAGUAGCCAAUGACAAGGUGUCCCUGA